UGGGGGCGGCGGCUCUGAGGCGGCGCGGCCCGGGAGGACGACAGCGACAGGGACGACGACGAGGAGGAGGAAGGCGAGGGCCGUGCUGAGGGAGCCGGAAUCCCCGCUCCCAUUCAUUCUCACCACCAGCCCCCGUCUCCUCCCCUUUCCCCUCCCCCUCCAGGGAUUGAUGGUCCUGAUUAGGGGCUUCCUCCCUGCAGAAGCAGUGUUACCGCCACUCUCCUCCUGACACCUUGCCUGCCUGAGUUAUGAAUUUCUCCGAAGUGUUUAAGCUCUCAAAUCUGCUCUGCAAGUUCUCUCCUGAUGGAAAGUAUCUGGCAUCCUGUGUCCAGUACCGCUUAGUGAUUCGAGAUGUGAAUACCCUCCAGAUCCUUCAGCUGUACACAUGCCUGGAUCAGAUCCAGUAUGUAGAAUGGUCCGCGGACUCCCUCUUUAUAUUAUGUGCCAUGUACAAGAGAGGGCUUGUGCAGGUGUGGUCCAUGGAGCAGCCGGAUUGGCACUGCAAGAUAGACGAAGGUUCAGCCGGACUGGUGGCUUCGUGCUGGAGCCCGGAUGGGCGUCACAUUCUCAACACCACUGAAUUCCAUCUGCGGAUAACCGUCUGGUCCUUGUGUACAAAAUCUGUAUCUUAUAUCAAAUAUCCCAAAGCCUGUCAACAGGGAAUAACCUUCACGAAGGACGGCCGCUACAUGGCGCUGGCCGAGCGGCGGGACUGCAAGGAUUACAUUAGUCUCUUUGUGUGCAGUGACUGGCAGCUUUUGAGGCACUUUGAUACAGAUACCCAAGACCUUGCAGGAAUUGAGUGGGCCCCUAAUGGAUGUGUGUUGGCAGUGUGGGACACCUGUUUGGAGUAUAAGGUUCUCCUGUACUCCUUGGAUGGCCGCUUGCUGUCAACGUAUUGUGCGUAUGAGUGGUCCCUGGGUGUCAAAUCGAUCGCCUGGAGUCCGAGCAGUCAGUUUUUGGCCAUCGGAAGCUUCGAUGAAAAGGUGCGCAUUCUGAACCAUGUGACGUGGAAGAUGGUUACAGAGUUUGGACAUCCUGCAACUGUUUCUAACUCCAAAGUAGUGGUGUAUAAGGAGACGGAGAAGUGCCCAACUCUGGGACUGGAGAAUUUUCCUUUCCCCCCGACAAGAGCAGCGGCUAGUUCUCUUUUCAGCACAGAAAGUAAAUAUGAGAUUGCUUCAUCACCGGUUUCAUUACAGACUUUGAAACCUGUCAGUGACCGAGCGAACCCGAAAAUUGGAAUUGGAAUGUUGGCAUUUAGUGCCGAUAACUGUUUCCUGGCGACAAAGAAUGACAACAUUCCCAAUGCAGUCUGGAUCUGGGAUGUACAGAAGCUGAAGUUGUUUGUGGUCCUGGAGCAGUUGGCCGCGGUCCGUUCGUUCCAGUGGGAUCCCCAGCAAGCCCGCCUGGCCGUCUGCACGGGCAAUAGCAAAGUGUAUCUGUGGUCCCCGGCAGGCUGCGUGUCCGUCCAGGUUCCGCUGGAAGGUGACUUCCAAGUGCUUUCUCUCUGCUGGCAUAGAAGCGGGGACUCCAUGGCACUCCUGAGUAAGGACAAUCUGUGCUUGUGCUAUUUGGAAACAGAGGAGGGCGUAAAAUAACUCCAGCCCCAAAGCACCUGAAAGGGGGAGCAAAGGGUCCCCCUGGACCCCUUUUGGGAACAGAUGCUGCUACAUUGAAAAUCAAAGUGAAACUUGGUUAUUAUGCACCUGUUUUGAACUGGUAAAUCAGAGGCCGGGGAGUGGGUGGGGGAAGUUCUUGGAGGAAAAUGUUCAACCAAGUGAACGUGACCUUGUGGCUUUAAUAUUUUUCUAUAGCGGAGAUGUAUUUGUAAAUAUGAACUGUAUAGAAUGACUAUUUAAUUUGUAUGACAAAUAAAUAUUGGAUAGUGAAUCAA